UGUAUACACGGAUUGUGUCGUCGUUCCGAAUUCAUACAUGAAUUAUUAAUAUCGUCACUGAACCUCGCAUUGGGAUGACCUGAAUUAACAGUCAGCGAAUGAACUAAAUUUGGCUUUUGAGUUUCUAUGAAAAUAUUUAACCAGAAAUCCCCAAAUUAGUGGAUGUUGUUGCAGCCAUCGAACCACCGCGCCAAUCCCCCAGCUACGCAAACCACGAAAAGUGUUUCACUACCGGUCCGAUAUACAUUCUGUUUUUUAAUAGGUUCUGACUAGUCGUCGUGUAAAGAUAAUGGCAACCUCAAUUGCGUGUCGACUUCUUUUUGUUGUAUUACUUCCCUGUUCGCUGUUAGCUGCUGCUAUAUUCCGCUACAAUGCCUUUUCAUUCAUUUAUUUCACCUGCUUCUUGGUGCUGCCCUUGCUACCAAGUCCUUCAAGAGAAUCAAUGCAAGGACACACUGGACGGUUCUUGAAAACUUUAUUAAUUUUAACAAGUAUUAUAUUAGGAGCACAGUUAGUCUUUCAGAUUGUAUUGCUAGUAUUACAACCAUAUGGACAUUGGCUAGAAUUCUGUUCUACCUUGGAGACAGCAUUACGACAGGUUGGGUUACAGCGUCUAGAUAUUCCUGUGCUGGAUGCAGUCCGAGCCAUUGCUCCUGAUGUUCUAAUGUUCACAGUCUCUCUAAUAGUCUACAUAGCAUGUUAUAAGUUAACACGUAACACUCCACGUCCAACUUCAAGCUCUAAUACAACUGUGCAUAGAAAGACCUCACAAAUGUCUUUUGCAAUGGAUUUACUUUGGUCUUUCACCACUUGUUUUCUAACUGCCCUGGCUGGUAUCAUUCUACCGUCAGUGACUUCGUCUGUAUAUUUCUUAACGUUUCUGGUGGUCGUGUCUUGGUGGUCAUGUUACAAACACUGGGGACGUAAGCUGGUCUAUGUCCGUAUUGUUAUGUUGACAUAUUGUGGAGCCCAUCUGGUUGCACUUUAUCUCUACCAGUUUCAAUUCUUCCAACAAGCGUUACCUGCUAAAAGUUUAUAUUCAAGGCUAUUUGGUUUAACAGCAAUAAUCAUCUACGACUGUGACUGUCCAUAUAAGUUACUCCUAGAUACCACAUUAAAGUGGCCAGCUUAUGUCAAUCCUGUUAUAUUACUAGUGUAUUACUGGUAUCUAGCUUUGCUCACAUGUCAGUGGAUUCAGAACCCUUACAUGCUUGAAGUAACCCAUAAACGACAUAAGAAGAGACGUACACACAGUGCAGGAGAAAGGGAGCUUCUUGUAGACACAAGUUCUCAAUCACAGAGGACUAAAUAUCAAUCAAUUGAUCCAGCAGUUGGUAGCUUUAGUGAACCACAAUUAGAAAGUGUUGCAGAAUCACAGUCGGGAGCGGCUUCUUCAAAGAUACCAACAACUCCAUUAUCUGACACAGAAGAGAAGCCUAGAGUCAGAAAACCUUGGAUGUCUAUUCUCUUUUUUGUUAUGAAACAAAGUUACACUGUUUUGCUUAUUGUUAUGAUGGCUUGGAGUAUCACAUACCAUAGUUGGUUAACCUUCGUUUUACUAUUGUGGGCCUGUUUUAUAUGGAUGAUACCAAACUCAAGAGCAGCAUGUCUACACAGUUCACCAUUUUUAGUAAUCUAUGCGGAAGUCUUGUUAAUUAUCAGUUAUGUGUAUGGACUAUAUUUAAAUGAAAAUGAAUUGCCUACAAAAGGAGCUAUAGAUUAUGAAGAUAUUGGAUUAGUUCAUCAUGAACAUCCGUGUGUUCAUCUAGCUGUCAAGAUUUUGUACACGAGUGUGUUUUGGCUCACAUUACGCCAGUACAUGAGGGAACGGCUGCUAAAGAAGAAAAAUCUUAACUCUCUUGAGAUUGGACUACAACCAUUUGGUCUGAUAUUUUCUACUGAACAGUCUAUUCCUAGUGGUCUUAAUAGUGAUGUAGACUCUGCCAGGGAUUUCCAUGAUGGAGAAGACAGUGCUACUAUGAAGAAAUUUGGGUUGACAAUCCAUGGUUUUCUGACUAAAUACUGGAUAGUUCUAUGUGGUGCUAUGUUUCUAAUAGUUAGCCUUCAACAGGAUGUUGUAGUGUAUAAAAUAAUUUAUAUGCUCCUCUUUCUGAUUCACAUGAUAAUAUUAGUGAUUUCAUACAGAGUAUGGCGAUUUAUAAUGUUGACUUAUUGGUGGAUUAUUGUAUUUUACUCUAUGUGUGUUCUGGUUAUAAUAUAUACAUAUCAGUUUGAUAACUUCCCACAAUAUUGGAUUAAUGGCACUGGAAUGACAGAAGAUCUACUUAGUGAUAUUGGAUUACAACAGUAUGAUACCCAGACGCUAUUUGUGAGGUUAUUGACACCAACCGUAUUUGUCAUCAUCAUUGUUAUUCAACUGCAUUAUUAUCAUCAGCCAUUCCUUGUUAUCAGUGCUGUGUCACAAAUAAGAUACAGGCGAGCAAGAGCUAAAGAAGAACCAGCAGAUGUAAUAGAGGAAGAUAGUGACCACCCAAAUAAUGGUAAAGAUGGUCUGGGUAAACAUGGAGGAAGUACAGAUACCCUUGAUCAUAAGUCUCCAACAGAGUACAUGAAACAGUUUUGGGACUUUUUAAUGCAUUGGUAUAGAAUUGUUACUGCCAUAAUAUGGAGGUUGUUGGAAAUUCACAUGGUUAAAGUAAUAUUCUUCUCUGUAACAGUAGUGGCAGUUACUCAGGUUUCAGCAAUGAACUUUUUGUUCAUAUUUUUCAUGUUCUUUGCCAUACCCAUACCAUGGUUGCAGGGUGCAUUCACAGUGUGUUGUAUGAUAUGGGCGUCUGUCAUUCUCCUCACUAAGAUGAUAUACCAAUUAAAGCUCAUUGAUGAUCACAUCUUUAAUACCACGUGCUUUAAUAACGUAAGUACUGGUCCCUUUCCAACUGAUAAUGUGACUUAUAGUUUAUCUAAAUGGAUAGGAUUUGAAAAGACAGAUAAUAUAUUUGUGUAUACCAUAGGAUAUAUCAUCAUAAUUUUGGUAAUAGUGUUUGAAACUGUUGUCAAGUUACAUCAGAAACAAUACAGAUGGGAGAAUAACUUGGAUACUCCAAAGAGAGGAAUACUAUUUGAUGAUAUUAACAGACAUAAUGCAGAUACUUCUCUCACCAACAUGGCUAAAUACUUGAUAAACUAUUUCUUCUACAAGUUUGGUCUUGAGAUUUGUUACAUCAUGACAGUAGUAGCCAUCUCUGUGAGAUUAGAUGUGUACAGUGUUAUCUAUGCAACAUGGUUGGGUAUACUCAUGUUAUUAUUAAGAAGAAUUACAUAUCUAGUGUGGCCUGUUUACAUGUGCUUCCUAGCUUUACUCUUUCCAAUAUUAUACUUCAUGUGCCUUGGUCUACCAGGUGCACUCUGUAUUGGUUAUCCAUGGUAUGGUAAACUGGAUUCAAAUUUAAUGAAAUGGCUAUAUUUACCCAGUUACGUGGAUCCGCCCAAAUCCACAAAACUUAUUGCUGACUUCUUCCAACUGCUAUUUGUCUGUUUGCAAUGGCAAGUGUUUCGUGUGGAAAAGAAGAUUGGUGAUCAGUAUGGAGGUGGUGAUAAUGAAAUGGUUGAUAGGGAAUAUCCUGUAGAAGACAAUCCAGUGCCAAACUUUAUGAACAACAAGACUUUCUUGGAUUUAAUCAAGAAUGGUUUGUUUAAUUACACACUGUGGGUAACUUUAGCUAUGGUCUUCUUAGCGGGUACAUCAUUGGUAAGCAUAUUCUGUCUCGGCUAUCUCGGACUGUGCUUCUUUUUUAUGUGGUAUGGACAAGACUAUCUCCUCAAACCAAGACCAACAUUACUCAAAGCAUGGAAUGUGAUUAUGAUGUAUAACGUUGCUGUGAUUUUUGUCAAAGCAUGUCUCCAAGUGGUUGCCUGUGUGUAUAUAGAGAGGUUCUAUUCAAACCUAUGUUGGUUGAUCCAAUUAUUGAGUCUAGUAUGUCUUCAUGAAGGCUAUAAACCAGAUGUUUAUGACAGUCCUGAUUGUGAAGUUCCUGUGGAUCAAGCUGGUAUGAGUUGGGAUGGAGUACUGUUUGCCUUUCUACUUCUACAGAAAAGGAUAUUCACAUGUCAUUAUUUCCAGUAUAUUGUGGAAGAAGUGAAAGAACAAAAUACCAUGGCAGCAAGGGGAGCAGUUCUAAUUAAUCAGCAACUUGCAUAUGAAGUGAAGACUAGAAAAUCACAGGAAGAGGCAACACUGAGAAAAAUUAGACGCAAAAUUGAGAGAGUGAAAAAAAAGCAAGCUAAGUUAAGAGGCAAAGAUGGCAUGGAAUUUACAGAACAUUUUGCAGCAAUCAGAGGUGGUGAUAAGUAUCUCUGGGAAGAUGAGAGUGAUGAGGAUAUGAGCGAUUAUGAUUCUUCUGAGGACGAAGAUGGAGAUAGUAAAACACCAAAGAAAGCUGGUCCCAUAGAGUUGGCAUAUUCUGCUAUAACUGAGGGAACCAAGAAAACUAUUAAGAAAGAGAGAGCGAUAAAGAGAUCGCUAUCUCAAGUUGAUGAAAGUGAUGGUAAAAUGAGACGCAGAACUGUAGCUGGAUUGCCAACGACUGAAGAUGAGGAGGAAGGCGACACCACCGAUGGUGCAGGGCCUUCAAAAUCCGAAAUGAAAGAAGCUCUUUUAGAAGAAGAAGAUGAGGAAGAAGAAAAUGAUGAAACUGAGCAGCCUAAAGAGCAGCAUACUGAUACUCUCUGGGAUAAAUUCUGUAAUACAAUUACUGUUGGCUUGAUGAUAUUUUUACGAAGUCUUGAUGCGGUUAUUACAUUUUUCAACAGAGCAUCUGCUAAUUAUCGCUAUGUCGCAUAUAAACUUAAGGUUUACAGAGCAGAACUGCGUAAAGCUGAUAUGCAAAAGGAUGAGGAUAGAAUUAGUAUCAGAUUAGAAGAUGAAACACGCCCUAGAGAUGAUGAUAGGAUAAGUACAUCGUCUCAACGUGACAAAGAUAUUGAUGAAAGGUCACAGAUGUCAGAUGAUAGCUCACUGAGAAGAACUGGUGCUAUUGUUAAAACAAAGGAGCCACAAACCAAAUUCAUCCCACCUAUACCACCCCCUCACAGUGCUGAUGAUUUUGAAUAUAUGGAUGACAUAAAUGAAGAUGGAGAAGUCGCUCGGCGACAAAAACUAUCACGUCCAGUCAGAUUGCUGUUUUCGGUGCUCUAUGCCAUCAUUGCCCAGUCUCAAAUUGUUUGCUACUUUCUGAUGAUACUAAGUCAAAUUGUAGAAGCAAGUUUAUUAUCACUGCCUUAUCCUAUCUCUGUGUUUCUAUGGGCAACAUUGACAGUACCAAGACCAACAAAGCGAUACUGGAUCUGUGCUAUAUCAUAUACUGAGAUUGUCGUGCUUGUGAAGUUCUUCUUCCAGUUUGGGUUUUGGCCUUGGAAUUCAGAGCCAGAACGGAUUGAGCAUAUGGAUGAUCCUUUCUGGUGGCCUAGAGUAAUUGGUAUUGACAAGAGAGACAGCUAUGCUGCGUAUGAUCUAGCUAUAUUAUUAGCUUUAUUCUUCCAUAGAUCUGUAUUGAAGUCACAUGGUCUAUGGAAAGAUGGUGGUGACAUGGUAGGGACUGAUGAUGCAAUUUCUAGAGGUAGUGAAAGUACAAGUAAAGCUGGUGAAUUAGAAGAUGUGGCAUCACCGGGUUUGACUUCUAUAUCAACAGAUCUCACUGUUAUAGAUGAUGGCACAUCUAGAAUAUCAGGGGAAGAUGAUGAAGACGGGGACACGACAACAUCAACAGAUGAAGAUACAGAAUCGUGGUUGGGUCAUUUAUUCAAACCGUUUAUAGAAUUCUAUCAACAAAUGGUUGAUCCAACAUACAGUGCUGUCGCUGAUAUUUAUGUUAUCAUGUUUUUGUGUGAUCUCAUUUGUUUUCUGAUCACAGUCUUUGCAUUCUGGGCAUUUGGGAAAAGCAUGGCGCAGGGCAAUGUUACAGUUUUUAUUGAAGAAAACAAGUUACCAUUAGCAACAGUUAUGUUGUGGUUGGUACAGUUUGCACUGAUAAUCAUUGACAGAGGCUUGUAUCUUCGUAAGAACGUAGUUGGAAAGUUUAUAUUUCUGAUCAUACAGGUGGUUGUUGUACAUAUUUGGCUGUUUUUCUUAUUACCACAUUUGACUAAAACCUUGUUCAUUGAUAACACUCCUGCCCAGUUAUGGUAUUUUGUUAAGUGCUGUUAUUUUGGGUUGUCAGCAUACCAGAUUAGAUCAGGCUAUCCUACAAGAAUUCUGGGUAACUUCUUAACCAAGAAGUACAAUUAUGUCAAUCUCUUUCUAUUCAAAGGAUUUUGUCUGAUACCAUUUUUAUUGGAGUUACGUAUAAUAAUGGACUGGACAUGGACUGAUACAACACUGGCUCUAUCACAUUGGAUGAAAAUAGAAGACAUUUAUAAUAUUGUCUAUGAACUUAAAUGUUGGCGGAAAGGAGAAAAAGAUUAUCCAACUCCAAGAGGACAGAAGAAAGGCACCUUAUCUAAAUACUUUGUUGGUUUAUUAUUAUUGAUCUUAUUGAUCCUUAUAAUAUGGUUUCCAUUGAUAUAUUUCUCUGUGAUCAUAGAAAGUACAAGUGUGUCAAAUCCGCCUUCUGACUGUACUAUACAUAUACAAAUAGAUGGUUAUGAGUACUUGUAUCAAAUGAGUGCGCAACAAGAAGACUUAAAACCAAUAUUAAGUAAUAAAGAAUAUGAUCAUGAGUUCAAAGAAAAGUAUAAAGAAAACUUAAAUAUUCAGGCAUUUUUACAACAGUAUGAAAGGGAGGACAUCUAUGUUUCCCAUUUGUCUGGUUCCUCCACAACAGUGUGGACCAUAAGCCCACCAAGCCGAGACCUUUUGAUUCAGGAUCUUGUAUCAACUCGUGAUUUAGAUAUUAAAUUCUUCAUGAGCUUCACAAGAAGACCAACCAAUGCCUUAGUAGUGGAAACUGUUAGUUACACUGCUCAUCAUACUUUGAACCCAAAUAAAAUACAAACCAAAUUAAUCAGAAUGGAACUGGCUGCCAUGUUAAAUAAAACAAGAUCAGAUCCUGUGAACAUCCCUAAUAUGUUUCCACGUUAUGUUGUGGUACCAGCAUCUGGAGAAGUGAGGCCAGCUGAACUACUGUUACCAGGUGGUGAGAAAAAUUUCAGCAAUGUGGAUGUUCAGCUACAACACGAUGAAGACCAAAAAUUUGUUGAGUGGUGGCGACUGCAAGAAUAUGUUGACAAGGAUAGUCCUCGUUAUAAAUACCUAACCAUAAUCUCAUUCAAUGAUCGAGUUACAACUGAUGCACUAUCCUUCCUCACCAGUUAUGGCAUUAUUGGAUUGUAUGUGUCCUUAGUAUUGGUGGUCGGUAGAUUUGUCAGGAUGUUUGUCAGUGGUAUCUCAUACAGAAUUAUGUUUGAAGAACUUCCAAAUCCAGACCGCAUCUUGCGUCUUUGUUUGGACAUUUUCAUGGUCAGGGAAAGCAACGAGUUCUUACUGGAGGAAGAACUUACUGCCAAACUGAUAUACCUCUACAGGUCACCAGAGACGCUUAUCCAAGUGACAAAAGAGAAACAACAGUAGUCACUGUAUUAACCAACUAUUGUGGCUCUCACACUUUUUAUCCUGCUGUGUAUGGUUAUAUUGUUUGCUGUAAUAUGAUUGUAUUUUAUUCUAGUGGUAUUCACUUUAAGACUGUGGCUGUAAUAUUUUCAUGCUGGUAAAUGAAAUUAAUUACUGCAGUUCAUAACUCACUGUAAUCUACAAUUUCUUUGCUUAUAAAAAAAUGUCUAGAAUUUUAGCAGUUUUAACUCAUUGCAUUCAGUAUACGAUACCAGGCUUAGAGAAACAAAUGGUCUAUCACAAGAACACUGUAAGCUUCAGAAUCUUAGCACCUCAAUGAACAGUAGUGGAUUAGUGUGUGAUGGGUUCUACUUUAGUAAUCAUGGUAAUAAUUGCUAGCUUAGCAGGGAGUUUGUAAAUAAAUCAGCUAAAAUGAUUCCUGCAAUAUUUCAGUUUUGCUGUUACUAAAAAUAUAAGAUGUAAAUAUAUAAUUAUACUCAGGGCUUUAAGAUGUUUAUUGCCAUGGUUCGAGCAUUUCUUUAAAUUGCACCCCUUGUCAUUGUUAUUAUUUAUAAAAUGUUGACACAUCACAGCUAAUUUGAACUGCUAUAAGAGAUGUUUAUUUAUGCUAGUUUUUUACAUACAAUAAGCAAUAUGUAUUUAACAAUGCAUUUUUCUAAGAGGUUACAUUUAUUGCCUUUUACUCCAUUCAAGUUUUACA